AUGAGUGACGAAGAUGGCUCUCGAGCCUUUGCACAUCAGGGCACCAUUCUAGGAGACGAUACAUUGACUAAUUCCAACGGAGACUACGGUUCGGCGAUCAUUGGUAACGAUCAACUACACCAGUGGCACGUAUAUACAUGGCCGAACGCGAAAAAUCUUCCGUACGUCUUCCCCGAUUACCUGUGUCGCAAUAUCAUCAGGCAGGACAACAAGGCCGCUGUGAGCUUAAAAUUCGGCCCCCCGGAUCAGUGCCAUAUUACAGUCGAUAUCCAGUCAAGUGCAAUCCAGCAUGUUGCUAUGCGCCUCUUUGAAAUCCAUAUUGAGGAUAUCGACGAGCAACGUAUUGUAUUCAUCAAUGAAGGUCAGACUAUGGUGCUGGGAGGCCCGUUUAUUCUUAGGGGAGUAGGAAAUCUGUUUGCAAAUGAUGUGAUGGGCAAUAUGAGUGUUAACGCUCUAAUGGGAAGUAUAAUCGGUGGCGGGUUUCAAAGAAGCCCAAAACGCAACGAGGAGAUCAACAGAGGUGUCUCGCGAUCAGAAUGCGUGACUUUUGAAGUGGUGGAGUUCGGCAAUGCCAACCAUCAUAGUCGCCUUGACGUCAUCGUGGAUGUAGAGACGCUGAGUGCGAUUCGAGACAUGCUCUGGUCACCUUGUCGUAUAGUGGCCGGCCAUCAGCGUGUCAUUGUUAGAAAAGUAAAAGUGGUGGCUGUAGACAAGACACCCACGCGUGGCAGCAACGGCGAUGUCUCGUUUGAGCCCAAUAUGUCCAAAGUCUAG